GCCGCUGCGACGGCCAUACGCCACAUAGGAUUGCCGCGGGCGUUCGCAUCAAAUACUUUGAUAUAAAACUACACAGCUUUGGCCAGCAGCGGACCUGCGCUUACCUGCCAAGCGCUCUUGGUUGCUCCUAACUUUACACAAGUAUUUGCGCCUUGGGCUAUGUCGGACUCGGACUCAGAGAGCUAUUCGCUCGAGUCGGCACUCCUUCGCGCCGCCCUGGCAACUGACCUUGCGGCCCUGCGGCGAGCACUCGCGACCGAUGUGACAGUCGAUCCGGACCAACGAAGCCCUGGGGAGUUAGCGGCGGCGCUUCGAAUCAUCAUCGAUACCGGUUCUCCGCUUACUAUUACCAGCCAAACCACGGCUUCAAACGAAGUGCGCCUCCAAUGCAUCGAGGUGCUCCUCGACGCGGGGGCCUCGCCGAACGUACUUGAUUUGUACGCACCACUGACUCUCGCGGCAGCUCGUGGCAAUACUGCAAUUGUCAAUAGGUUACUGAGGGCGGGCGCUGACCCCAAGUAUGCCAACCCAUUAACGGGCUGGUCGGCAAUCCACGCAGCCGUAUUCGUGGGUUCGGUUUCCUGCGCAACAGCGCUAGUUAAGGCGGGUGCUGAUCUGGAGGCAGUUUGGACUGGCCAUACGCCGCUCUUGGCGGCCGUACACUAUCGUCAAGAACGUAUGUGCCCGAUCCUUUUGCGGGGCGGCGCGCGACUCGAUCUCGAUCUGAUGGCGGAACAAUUUGAUAGGACGCCGUUCUAUCUCCAGAAAGUCGAGUAUGCGGGAGGCUGGAAGAAAUACGAGCAGGCCCAUCGCAAGCGCCUGACGACGACGUUCGCCAAGGGCUUCCCGCGCCUCCCCGUCGACGCGAUCUCCCACAUGGUCGACUUCGCGUUUCACGUAGGAUUCUACUGAGUGAGUAGUAGAACGCGCGUAAUGUAUGCUCUCUUUCUCUA